AUGUUUACUUGCUUCGAGGACGGCAGCUGCCCGAUCGAUUUGACAUCGGAAGAGCUCGCGGCUGGCUGUAUGGAUGCUCUGAUAAUCACGGCUCAUCAUGUCAGCCCGCGAUGUGUGAGCGAGAGCUGUAUAGCGCCUUCUCAAUGGAUCCACAAUCGACCACAACACGAGAGUGAUGCAGCGCCUUCUCAAUGGAUCUACGAUUGGCCACAAGCAGUCCCAGAAUUCGCUGCACUAUCAUACGUCUGGGGUCAAGGCCGGCAUCUCAAGCUGUGCCGGGAAACUGCAGACGCGCUCUUCAGCGAUGGAGGACUCGUUGGAAACACUCCGCAAACCAUCGUAGACGCCAUGGUGGUUUGUAGUGAGCUUCGAAUACCAUACUUGUGGGUCGAUGCAUUGUGCAUACGGCAAGAUGACGAGACCGAUAAGGCAGCUCUGAUUCAAAUGAUGGACAAUAUCUACAGCUCCGCCGUUCUGACUAUCGUUGCGGCCAGUGGGGGUAGCGCAGACGCCGGUCUACCUGGUAUCAGCUCACCCCGCGUACCCCAGCACGCAACUCGUAUCAACGGCGUUGAUCUUGUGACAACGGGUCCCUGGUUCCUCACAUCGCAAGAAGAAUGUGUGUGGAAUAAGAGAGGAUGGACUUUCCAAGAGAAGAUGCUAUCAAGAAGACUGCUCAUUUUCGACAAGACUCAGUGUUUCUAUCACUGCAACAGCGCAACAUACUACGAGGAUGCAUAUACGGAAUCGGACUAUUUUUGUUCUCAUCCGGAGAAACCCCCUUAUCGCAACGACCAAUUUGAUGUGUCAGCUGAGCUAAUGGAAGACCAGUACCUGGACUUGGAUCGUCACCUCAAGUAUUUAACCAAACCGAGACCCGGCGACAGGGACCGUCUCAAGCAGUACAGGGCUGCUGUUGGUGGCUAUAUUACGAGGAGCCUUUCUCGAGAUGAUGAUGCAGUCAACGCCUUCCGGGGAAUUCUGAAUACUCUCGAGGAGGAUCUUGGUCCCUUCUUCUGGGGUAUGCCUGAAGCGGAGUUUGGCGUUUGCAUCGCCUGGCGCUGGCUCGACGGUACUCGAGGCAGCACUGAUGCCGCAUCAUCUCCCACCGCUCUUAGGAGCCUGGAUAGUUGGUUCCCGCUUCUUCACGCAAGAAGCAGCUUUCCGACUUGGUCGUGGCUAAGCCAGAGAAUCGAUUCAGCGUCUGACUCUACUGUCUUCCAAGCCUCCGAUCAGACACUAGUCCCUCUUGCGACAUACUACAGGUUCCAACCAGACGGUACUCCGGUGAAGAUCCGCGUCCUGUUUGAGGCCCCACAGAGCCCUGUGAAGAGGACACCAAAGGCCGUACCCCGCCUGACAGUCGGGCGAGAGCGGGCAGAAACAGAGUCACAUGCAGGGCCAACAAUGCAACUCUCGCGUUUUCUCAGUCUGAGACGACUGCUGCGAAGCGAUCCGCCUGCUCUAAAACUGGUGCCCCGGCAGGACGUCGCCCUUGAUCAGCUCCUCGGCUUCUGGACUGAAUGCGCAAGUCUCCAUGUGGAUCGACCGCAGUUCUUGCCUGGGGCAGGGGACAACCAGCCAGCUUGUCGUCACCUCCACAACGUACGCGUAGAGUCUGUGGGAGAUGUCAUUGCAGGCGUCCUCUUGGACGGUCGUUGGCGAGCCAGUCGUUCAGACAAGCUCGAUUUCGUGGCUAUUGCAACAAGUCAUGGCUUUUUGGGAGACAGCAUCCACGCGCUUGUGGUUGACUGGGAAGACGGUAUUGCGCGGCGCGUUCAGCUGUGCGCGGACAUACCACAAAAAUCCUGGGAUGCUACAUUUCCACAGUGUCGGCUUGUAGUUCUAGCAUGA